ACUGGAAUCGAGUUGCGUAGAGGCAGCAUUCGUGGUGGGACCAGCGCUUCUGCAACACGUCCUUCGAUGGAAGCGAUCGUGUUCGUCUUUGAGACGGAGGCGAUAACGCCAGCGGGGGACACCGCUUACGCGCAGACGUAUGUCUCACAGCUGGAGGAACACAGGGUGCCUUUCUACAUUCUUGGUGCUGGCGAGCAAUACCUGGGCUGGGGGCACAAGUGGCACGCCCUGCAGCGAGUGCUCGACCGGGUACCGCCUUCCACGGUGGUCGUCGUGUCUGACUCGCGGGACGUGUUGCUGAACUCCAGCCCUGCACCCGUCACGCGGCGCUUGGUGUCUGCCUUCGAGGACCUGGUCGCCGGGGCCCUCCCGGGCGCGGUGGUGGUGGGCGCGGAGGGCAGGUGCUGCGUGUCCUCCCUCACGAACAUCCGUCCUGGCGACCUGUUCGCCCCGAACGGCAGGCGCGCGGCCCGGGCCUGCAGCUCUGGGCAGCCGGGCUGCCCGUGGGUGAGCAGCGGGAGGCACGGGUGGGAGAGGUUCAUGAGCGGACUGGCAGUGGAGCGGGGGGCUGAGGGCGGCGAGGUCUUCCUGAAUGCGGGACUCGUUGCCGGCAGGGCACGCGACCUGCUCCAUCUCGUCCAGUAUAUGGACAUAGCGGUGGAUGAGGACGACCAGGCUGUUUUGUCGGACCUUCUCUAUCACAGGCCUGGCCUGAUAGUCUUAGACUACAGCCAGGCACUCUUUGGUAAUUCACGCUACUGGAUCAGCGUCGACGAUGGUGGCUGCCCCUAUGCUCAAGUUUCCCCCGAGGCCGAGCUCGAGCACGUCGAGUACAAUACCAGGCCUGUCUUUAUUCAUGCUGCUGCCAACUUUCAAGUCUGCCUCGACUCCAUUGCUGCUGCCCUCGGACUUACAGCGUUGGCACCCCCUCGUGCCUUAUCGAUUGACGGGUGUGGAUAUGGAUAUGGAUAUGGAUAUGGGUAUGGCUACGGCUCUGGAUAUGGAUAUGGAUAUGGAUAUGGAUAUGAUGCGUGCACGAUCGAAACGAGCAACACGGCCACAAGCACUCUAGGUGAGAAGAGCACUACGGGCACCAUGGUCACCACGAGUGCCAGCAGCGCGACGCUGAUCAGCACAACGGAGAGUGGCAGCACGACUCUGUCAACAAGGAGUGGGUCGAGCAGUGUAUCGAGCAGCAGCGCGACGGGUACCAGUUUCGCGUCUUGGAGCAGCACGACGGGUACCAGCAGCUCGACGUUGAGCAGCACAACGGAAAGCAGCAGCACGAUUCUGACAGCCACCAGUCAGACGAACAGUAAGUCUACGACCACGUCUGUGAGCAGCACGUCGGGUAUUGGCAGCGCGACGGAGAGCAUCGGUUCCCUUCUAAUCUCCAUGAGUGGGACGAGUAGUGUAUCGCUUGCCACGUCUACGAGCAGCACGACGGGUACUCAAAGCUCGCUGCCGAGCAGCAUGACAGGAAACAGCAGCACGAGUCCGACAUCCACCAGUGAAACUAGCAGUGGGUCGAGCACCGGAUCGCUGAGUAUCACGACGAGUACGAGCAGCACGUCGCUGAGCAACACGAUGGAGAACAGCAGUUCGACUCUGACCUUCACGAGUGGGAUACGCAGUGUAUCGAUCACCACACCUGUAAGCAGCUCCACUGGAAGUAGCACCACGACGUUGACCAGCACAACGGAGACCAGUACUACGAGUCUGACCUCCACGAGUGUGACAUCGAUUGCCACGUCUGUGCAAACCUCGACUGGUACCAGCAGCAAGGUGCUGACCAGCACGAAAGGGAGCAGCAGCACGACGCUGAGCAACACAACGGAGAUCAGCAGCACAACUCUGACAUCAAGUAGUAGGACGAGUAGUGUAUCGGACACCACGUUAGUGAGCAGCACGACGGUUACCAGCUCCGCGUCUCGGAGCAGCUCGACGGGAACUGGCAGCGAUACGUUGAGCAGCACAACGGAAAGCAGCAUCGGCGAGACGAUCAGUAUGUCGAGCAUUAUGUCUGCAAGAAGCACGACGGGCACCAGCAGCACGACGUUCAGCAGCACGACGGAGAGCAGUAUCACCAGCCAGAUCUCGAUGAGUGUGACGAGCAGUGUGCCGAGUUCCAUGUCUGUGAUCAGCACGACGGGCUCUAGCAGCACGACGCUGAGUAGCACGACGGAGAGCAGCAGUACGAGUCUGGUAUCCACUAGUGAGGCGAGCAGUGUGCCGAGCACCACUUCAUUGAGCAGCGCGACAGCUUCCAUGAUAACGACGGAGACCAGUACGAUGGGGAUGAGCAGCGUUAUUCUGUCAUCCACGAGUUGGGCGAGUAGUGCAUCGAGCACUACGUUUCAGCACAGCCCGACUCGUACCAACAGCACGACGUUGAGCAGCAUGACGGGGAGCAGCAUAACCACUCUGACCUCCACGAGUGAGACCUCGAUUGCAACGUCUGUGCACAGUUCGACGAGUACCAGCGGAACGACUCGGACCAGCCUAACGGAGAGCAGCACCACGACUCAGACAACAAGGAGUGGGUCGAGCAGUGUAUCUAGCAUCACAUCUGUGAGCAGCACGACGGGUACUGGAGUCACAUUUAGGAUCAGCACGAUGGGUACCAGCAGCACGACGUUGAGCAGCACGGCGGAGAGCAGUAGUACGACUCUGGCCCCCAUGAGUGAGACAUCGAUUACCACGUCGGCGCACAGCACGACGGGUACCAUCAGCACGUCGUUGAGCAGCGCAACGGAGACCAGUAGCACGACUCUGACCUCCACGAGUGAGACAUCGAUUACCUCAUCUGUACACAGCACGACUGGUACUAGCGGCACGACGUUGAGCGGCACAACGCAGAGCAGCAGCAUAACUUUGACUUCCAUAAGUGGUACGAGUAGCGCAUCGAGCGCCACGUCUGUGCACAGCACGACUGGUACCAGCGGCACGACGCUGAGCAGAACAACGGACAGCAGCAGCACGACUCUGACGUCCAGCAGUGGGACGAGUAGCGCAUCGAGCACCACGUCUGUACACAGCACGACUGGUACCAGCGGCACGUCGCUGACUAGCACAACGGAGACCAGUACCACGACUCUGACCUCUACGAGUGUAACAUCGAUUACCACGUCUGUGCACACCACGACUGGUACCAGCAGCAUGGCGCUGACCAGCACGACGCUGAGCAACACAAUGGACAGCAUCAACAUGACUCUGACGUUCACUAGUUGGACGAGUAGCACAUCGGGUGCCAUGCCUCUGAGUAGCACGAUGGGUACCGCGCAUGAGACCGUCACCAGUAUCACCGCAAGUACCAGCAGCGUGAUCGUUGAGCCUACCACAAGCUCACUCCAGACACCAGUUAUCGCCACGGACACGGUCACAGAGACCGCUACAGACACCGCCGCGAGUUUCACCACUGUGGAGGCAGCCAUGCAGUUGUUCCACGUGCGGGGUGACGUCUCCCUGCAGAGUGAAGGGACACAGGGUCAGGUCGGGAGCGCUCUGUCGUCUGCCAUCGCCGAGACCCUGGACGUCUCCGAAGAAGACCUCGUGGUGGUAGCAGCGCUCGCCAGCGGCCGGCAACUGUCCGCCUGGAGUGCGGAGUGGCAGGCCGCCGCCGAAGGCGCAGAGGCAGCGGACAGCCUGUUGGGGUCUGCCUCCGACAUGAGCGGCGACCCCAGUGGCUUGGCGGCAAAUCUGGAGGCAGCCUUCGCGACAAUGGGCCUGGCCUUCGACAGCGCGUCCCUCUCGGUCGGCGGGCCUGUCAUGGAGGCCGUGGGGCCUGCCCCGUCGCCUGCGCCCCCGCCGCCCACCCCUGGGCCGACCGGGCCACCGACCGCCUGGCUGAACGGCUCCUCGAGGCCCGCCGUGGCUGCCGCCGGGCUGCUGCUGCGCCUGGGGCCCCUCGGCUUCUCCGCCGUCGUGCUGCUGUACGGCGGCCUGCUCCUCAGGGCGUACCGGCGGGACCUGCGGCACAGGAGAGAGGGCCUCUUGGACGACGAGGCCCUGCUCACCAACAACCCUGCCUAUAGGAAGGUCGACUUGGCCGACCAGUUCAUUGAGGCCAUACGGGGCGUCGAGGCCACCGGCUGUUUCACAGAGCGGUGCAGCUACCUGGCGCUUGCGCGGGCCGUCGGGAUGAGUGCCGAGACCCUGAGGCUGAUCCGGAGGGGUCUGGGGUCAGAGGUCGUGCGCGGCGGCGGCGCCGCCGCUCCGGCCUGGACGGGCGUCGGGGGCGCCAGCGGCGGCCGAAGGAGCGGGCGAGAGGCCGAGGGCCCUGGCGGAGUGGACGCGGAGCUGAGGGCCCUGGCCGAGAGGGUGCGCUUCGCGGCGCAGGGGGCCGUGGAGGCGUUUUGGCGGCGAGGUGUCAGGUAGCAAAUCGCAGGAGCCUUGCAUCCUCUCCCGAUUCCGUCUUCAGAGUGCACCAGCGUCGAUUGGCAUUUGGUGAUCGAUGGGGGAGCGCCGAUUUAGCGUCGAUCAGCGUUGAUUCGACGAGCCAACAAGAUGGUAUUGGAGGCUCCCAUGAGUUGCCGCAGAAAAGGUGUGGUUGGGCGGUGCUGCCACCUCUUCUGGGCGCAGCACCCCUUCCUGACCGUGACGCUCUUCUUCGACCUGAGGCUCUGCUGCACCCUUCGAGCUCUGACUCUCGUGGCCAAGGUCAUGGGCUCGCUGGCGCUGAAUGCCUGGGUGCUCAUUUUCUUUGAGGCCAGCGAUCCCAGGGCACGCGACCGCUGGCGCGAGGCCGAGAGCUCUCUGGGGCGCGUGCUCAGAUCUGUGGCAGUGGGUGCGCUCUCGUCGCUCGUCUCUGGCAUUCCAACAAGCCUUGCGGCUUUCUUCCUGGUGCGCAGAAGGUUCCUCUACCGGGAGCGCUGGGACCAGGCGAGCCGGCAGAGCAUCUUGUGGAUCUGGAGGUGCGCGCGCUUGGCUCAUGCAUGUCUUCUUGGCUCUUGCUCGCUGUUCGCGGCCCUGUUCACGGCCGUGUUUCUGUCACAGGCGGGCCAGACGGUGGAGACGGAGUGGGCCAUAUCCUGUUCCGUCGCGAUCCUCAAGGACGUGCUCCUCCUGCCCCUGGCCAUGUGCCUGCUCCUCUGCACUGGCUCCCAGGCCCACUCGCUCGUCGACCCCGCCACCGCCAGCAGGGCUCGACGGAGCCCCUUCGAGGGCGCGAGCGACGGCGCCACGGAGGCGAAGGCGCUGCAGACGGAGGACCGCGUGCCGGCGGAGGGCGCCAAGCGCACCCGCGGCGCGGGCCGCGCCCCGGGCGGCGGCCG